AAGCAGGAGAAAGAGUGAGGGGGAGAGUGGAAGGGUGGAAGGGCAUGGCGUUGCAUCCUGCAAAUUGGAAAUGGGAAAUGGGAAAUGGGAAUGGGAGGAAGGGAAUAACGCAAGUGGACAAAGGGAAAUCUCUAUCUAUCUAAAAUCUCCAAACAGGAAAGCAGAAAGCACAAAUAAUUACAAAGAGAUGCGAACUCCCACGUAAAAAUAAUAAAUAAACAGAGGGCUGAGCGGGGAGUAAUAGUAAAGAAGAGGAACAGGAAGGAGAUUAGUUGCUAAUAAUUAAGACACAAACAUACGUGGCAGCUUAGGGUUCACCCCAACUCCUAAAAAAGCCCCCCCUACCCUUCCCCCGUUUUCCCCCCCUCUCCCAAACGCUGCCAACACUCUCUCUCUCCCUCUCUCUCAAUCAGUACAUGGUCCCACCCACCACCGUGUGCCGUAAUCGGAAGCCAUGAACGGCGCCGCCGCCGCCACCUUCCGAUCCAUCCUCGACAAACCCCUCAACCAGCUCACCGAGGAUGACAUUUCUCAACUCACCCGCGAAGACUGUCGCAGAUUCCUCAAAGAAAAAGGGAUGCGCAGGCCUUCCUGGAACAAAUCGCAGGCGAUCCAACAGGUCAUUUCCCUCAAAGCCCUUCUCGAACCUUCCGACGAUGAUUCCCUCGCUCCCGCCGUGCACCACCAUGCCACUCAAGGGGACUUGAGAGAAGCUCCGGCAAAUAUCCCGGCGACUGAAGAACCCGCUUCUCAUGCUGGAGAGGAGCUUCCGAAAUCUUCAUCUUCCGGGGAAAAACCUAAGGAAGCCAAUGAUGCCAACGUUGUUAGCCCCAGAGGGUGUGCAACCAGUGGAUCAUUUGGGCAAAUGACUAUUUUCUAUUGUGGUAAGGUGAAUGUCUAUGAUGGAGUCUCACCUGAUAAGGCACGAGCAAUCAUGCAACUUGCAGCAAGUCCAAUCCAGUUUACUCAGGAUGAUCCUUUAAAUGGAAAUGCAGCAGUUUGGGCUUCUCCUUGUCAUGUACAUAUGGAUAAGGAUGUCCUUGUCCCUGUUGAUACGACAAUCCUUCAGGUUGCUCAAGCAGAUAAGAUGGUGGAAUAUCCUCUGCAAUACAGGGAGAAAGGUAGCAUAGCCCGUGAUGCUCAUGUAGAGGGCCAGGCUAGCAGAAAAGUGUCAGUGCAGCGGUAUAUUGAAAAGCGCAAUCACAGGGGAAGAUUGAAGGGCAAGAAAUCAACUGGGGUAACUUCAAUGUAUUUGAACCUCCCAGUGAAGGUCCAUGCCCCGAAUGGGAAUUCAAGCCGUAGUAGCACUAGCUCUCCACCACAGCCUAGACUGCCUCCAGUUUCAAGUGGCUCAGCUGACAACCAGCUAAAAGUUGCCCUUCCCAUUGAUCUCAAUGACAAAGAUGUUCAAGAAUGCCUAAAACUACUAGAUAGAUAAUGCAGAGUUGGGACUCCGUUGAUUGAAGAGAGAUGAUCAACAUUAUAACUGAAGAGACCAUAGCUUCUAGGAGCCUAUUGCAAGAAUUGGGCUUUUCUUAGACCGGUCAAUUUUAGUAUCUUAACUACUGGGCAAAUUUCUUUUGUUUAGGAUAGUCGAGUGUCCUUACCUGAUCAAUUUUGUAAUAUCUGCCAUCUAAUUUCAUCCUUCGGGAAUUUCUUGUUAAUGAAGUUUAAGGUUUUCUGAGUUAAAAUGUAGAGCCAGGAGCAGCCAUUUUCCCCAGGAAUAUAUUAUAUGUAAAUUCAUCUUGCUGCCUCUUGUUAAAUGUGAAUAGCUUUUCUGCAAUGCAAGCCAAACUAGUUUCUUACUUU